AUGGGAUCCGUUGCAGAACCAAAACAACAGGGAUGGCAGCUGAGCUCAGCUAACCUGCCUUCCAGAGAAAAUGAGCAUCCAUUUGUGUCCAAUCUGGAGACAGGACGACCUGACAAAACAUCAAGCCUCACUCACUGUAUCUGCAAUAACAUAGAAAAAGAGUAUGCUGAGUCAGAUCCCUUGCUUCCCAAUGGUUUUUUUGGGACAUCAUCAGCCUCUGGGACUAUAUUACAGGAUGAACCCCAGAAUAGUCAUGGCCAGGAGAUGCCGGGAGAGUCUGUCCGAGCCAUGGUGAUACAGAUUUUGGUUCCGUUCCUCCUGGCAGGCUUUGGAACAGUGCUGGCAGGGAUGUUAUUGGACAUAGUGCAGCACUGGGACGUGUUUCGGAAUGUGACUGAGAUAUUCAUCCUAGUCCCACCUCUUCUUGGCCUAAAAGGGAACCUGGAGAUGACACUGGCAUCACGACUCUCAACAGCAGUGAAUGUUGGCAGAAUGAACUCCACAAGUGAGAGGUGGAACCUGAUCAUUGGAAAUCUUGCCCUCAAGCAGGUCCAAGCUACUGUUCUAGGAUUCUUGGCUGCGCUGGUAGCCUCGGCCCUUGGAUGGAUCCUAGAGGAGCAGCUCAUUGUGAACCAUGUUGCUCUGCUUUGUUGUUGCAGUGUACUGACUGCAUUCAUGGCAUCCUUUUUACAAGGGAUCAUAAUGGUUGGUGUGAUUGUUGGAUCAAAGAAGGUAGGCAUCAACCCAGACAACAUAGCCACACCCAUCGCUGCCAGCUUUGGUGACCUCAUCACACUGGGACUGCUUGCCAUCAUCAGUCAAGGCUUCUUUUACUACAUGGAGCCUUACCCUUACAUUGCCUACUUGGUGUGUAUUCUAUUUGUGUGCCUGAUCCCAUUGUGGGUAAUUAUUUCAUUUCGGCACCCUGCGAGCCAUAACCUGCUGUAUUCCAGUUGGGAGCCAAUCGUCACUGCUAUGGUGAUCAGCAGUCUUGGAGGACUAAUUCUGGACAGAACCAUCUCAGAUCCAAACCUUGAGGGAAUUGUGGUUUACACGCCUGUUAUAAAUGGUGUUGGUGGUAAUCUGGUUUCCAUCCAGGCUAGUCGCAUAGCUACAUAUCUUCAUUUUCACUGUACUCUGGGGGAGCUUCCAGACGAUGCUAAAAGAUGUUACUGCCCCUGUCGCAGCUUUUGUGCCAAAGGGCCAAAUGGCAGAUCAGCGCAGGUGCUGCUCGCAUUGGCCAUCCCAGGUCAUCUUGUCUUCUUCUACACUAUUUACCUAAUACAAGGCAGCCCAACCCCACCCACUCCUGUCUUCAUUUCCUUCUAUUUGGCAGCAGCUUUUACACAGGUUUUUCUACUGCUCUGCACUGCUGAUGUGAUGGUUAAUUGCUUGUGGAGGUACGGCAGGGAUCCUGAUAGUUUCUCCAUACCCUAUCUGACAGCUCUGGGGGAUCUGCUGGGCAUUGCCUUUCUGGCACUUUGUUUUCAUCUCAUGUCAUUGAUGACAUAAAGAAUGUAGAAGGCAGUAACCUCCCAAAACAUAUUAUAUGUAAUCUAUGAUUUCCUGAUGUGCUGGGAUGUGGUGUUGGUCUACAUUCUGGCAUUUCUUAGCACAGUUCCUCUAACUGAACAUCUGUACUAGAAAUAUUUGUAGUGAACAAGGAAUUUUUUUUUAAGAUCUUCAUGCAUGCCAGUCAGAUCACUGUGUGAGAUUCAAUGAAUUGCACAAAUGCUGCCUCUGCCAUGUGUGACAAU